ACGCAGGCGCAGAUCGUGCCGUUUGUCCUGUUUCGCUGGUUGACUUUUACCUGUGAUGUAGUUUCGCUUCGGCGAUUGAUUAGAACACAUCCAUCACCGGGAUCCGAAGCGAUCCAACAUCUGACGGACUUUCCCUCCGCCGGCCCGCCUGACGCACGGACUCCCCCUGCGGAGCGCCGGACGGGCUUUCUCCGGGAUUUUAAGUCGGUGCGCAACAGAGGAGGCAGGUGCACGGAAGCGGACAGGACACGGGAGGAGGUCUGACCGGAGCCACCGAUCGGAAAUCAACUGGUUGGCGCUGGUUUAAUCAAUAUGCGGCUGGAAACCUCCGGACCGAGACGAGCGAUCGGUAGCCCAGAAGCGGAGUGACUCCUCGCCUCGGGGAAGAGGAGGAGGAGAAGCAGGCGGAGGCGGCACCGAUUCUCGUGGGGAACAGUUUUCCGGUCAGCACGGACCUCCUCACCUUGUGGAGCAGGAAGAUGAUGGGCUUUCUGCGCCGGACGUUCAGCCGCCGCUCACGGAGCCGUUUCGCGGCGAGAGAGAAGGAGGAACGGGACGGCGGAGGAGGAGGAGGAGUGGGGGUGAGUGGGAGCCCUCUGCUCCUGGCCCAUCAGCAGCAGGUCGUGCACGCGCCCGCCGUGGUGACCGGGGGAACGUCCGUGCACAUCCCGGCGGCAGGGAGCGCGAGGAGCAUCAUCACGUGCCGCGUGCUGCUGUUGGACGGUUCGGACGUCAGCGUGGAUCUGUCUAGCAAGUCCAAAGGUCAGGACCUCUUUGACCAGAUUAUGUAUCACAUAGAUCUGAUUGAGACAGACUACUUUGGAUUACAGUUCAUGGACACAGAUCAAGUCUCACACUGGCUGGAUAUGACCAAGCUCAUAAAGAAACAGAUCCGAGAUGGUCCCCCUUACAGGCUCUUCUUCAGAGUCAAAUUUUACUCAUCAGAGCCAAAUAACCUGCGUGAGGAAUUUACAAGGUAUUUGUUUGUGUUGCAGCUUCGACAAGACAUUCUGUCUGGCAAGCUGAAGUGUCCGUACGACGUCUCUGUGGAGCUGGGCGCAACGUGCGGGCAGAGUGAGCUGGGAGACUGCGAUCCCUUGGAGCACUCUCCAGUUCUGGUGUCGGAGUUCCGUUUCACUCCCAAACAGACUGAGACUAUGGAGGCUGACAUCUUUAGCAAGUGGCUGGAAUUCAGGGGGAAGAGUCCAUCCCAAGCAGAAAUUUCCUUCCUCAACAAAUGUAAGUGGCUGGAGCUUUACGGAGUGGACAUGCACUUUGUUAAGGGCAGAGAUGGUGGAGAAUAUGCGCUGGGUCUCACUCCCACUGGUAUCUUGGUGUUUGAGGGCUCCAAUAAAAUCGGACUCUUCUUUUGGCCCAAAAUCACUCGGCUGGACUUUAAAAAGAGUAGGCUCACGCUGGUCGUGGUGGAAGAUGAUGAUCAGGGUCGGGAGCAGGAACACACAUUUGUGUUCCAGCUGGCGAGCGCCAAGAGCUGCAAACACCUAUGGAAAUGCGCCGUGGAGAGCCACGCCUUCUUCCGUCUUCGCCAGCCCAUUGCAGGCAAGGCCAGCCGCAGCGACUUCACCCGCCUCGGGUCCCGCUUCAGAUUCAGUGGUAAAACAGAGUAUCAGGCCACUCAUGGGGGCAGAAUGAGGAGGGCCAGUGCAUUUGAACGGAGGCCAAGCAAGCGUUAUCCCUCACGCUCACAAUCACUGGGCAAAGCCAUUCCUUCGACAAAGCCACUACAUAUCAGCUCUCAUGCCAGCCCCGAUCCCAGCCUACAUCGAUAUCAGCACAACAUUCCUAUUGGUCAUGAGUCGUGGCAUCCGGCCCACCCUGCUCUCACACCUCCUAUGUUCCUGCAUCCCAGCGGGCACACGCCAUCUCACAGUUUUCCCCUGAGCAGUCCUGCUUCAGACCAUCAGUUCAGUGUUGAAGAGAACGAGGCGUUGUUUUCGUGGCGGAUCCAUCACAUCAACCGUCGCCACACACACAGCCAGGAAACGCUCUGCCACACGCACAGCAAGAACAAGCGCAGAGCUGCUCCCUGCCCAGCAGAUGAGCUGGACAUCACUCUGUUCACGGCUCUGGAGUCAGAGAGCGAUUCUCCACCCUGGCCUUCCCUACACAUAAACAUGGAUAAGGGAGAGGAGAAGCAGCUGUCCGAAAAGUCUCUGCACCCUCCUUCCUCUCCAGCGGUGCUGCCCGACCAUCUCAAGUGUAACAUCCUCAAGGCCCAGAUGGAGGCAGCUUUCAGGAAGGAAACUCCCACUACACCUCGAGGAAAGAAUUUAAAUGGGAGCCUGAAUGGCAGGAAUCAGAGUUCAUCUCAAGACUCUGCUGCUUCCAGCCUGACCGCAGACAAAACGCCGCAACGACUAGCUCGCAACCUGACACCUGAGAGGUCGCAACCCAAAGCCAACCCAUCAUCAGAGAAGUCGCAACCCAAAAUCAACCUGACGCCUGAGAAGUCACAACCCAAAGUCUAUCCGACACCUGAGAGGCUGCAACCCAAAGUCUACCCAAUGCCCGAGAGGCUGCACCCCAAAGUCAACUUGACGCCUGAGAGGCUGCAACCCAAAGUCAACUUGACGCCUGAGAGGCUGCAACCCAAAGUCAACAUGAGCAACCGCAGAAAACGUCUGGUCAGACAGUUCAGUUUUAACCACGAAGAUGAAGAUAAUCUCCCAGAAGCCCUUGCAGCCAUCUCCUUGGAAAGCACAGCCAAGUCAUGCUCAAACAGCUCAUUGGACAAACAGAUACAGCCGUCCAUAUACCCACAGGUGGAUAAUAUACCAACACUGGAACUGGGUAGUCCUUGCUGUCCUUCUCCUUUGCCUUCUCCUCACCUCUCCCCUUACUACCAUUCCUCCAUUCCUCACCUGGUCCCUUACCUCGCUGCCCACACAGACAGUGGGGAAGAAAUGAGGUUGGACAGAGAGAAGAUACUGAGAGCCCUUCUGAUGACCGAGCUCUGAGAACGUGAACCUGGACCUCCUUGACAUCUUCAUUGUGCACAGUAGAGCCAUUGUUAAGUGGAAGCGGACAUCCCAAAGUUGUUGGCUGCAUGCAGCAUUUGUAUAUUUGCAUAAAGACAACUCUUAUAAUUGCUUAAUUAUUUCAAAGGACAGCUCUUUAUAUCCGUCACAAUGAUCCUGUACAGAUGAUCACACUAAUCCAGACUGAAUUAAUUAAUGAACUGAUUCACGCAAUAUUGACACAUGACUGACAUGACUGGUGCUGUCUGCAUGAUAAAUGUGUUCCAAAAUGCAA